AACCUGAACUUUACGGGCUUCAGGAAGAUCCUGAAGAAACACGAUAAGAUCUUGGAGACGUCGCGGGGAGCCGACUGGCGGGUGGCCCACGUUGAAGUAGCUCCGUUUUACACGUGCAAGAAGAUCACCCAGCUCAUCUCGGAGACCGAGGCGCUGGUCACCACGGAGCUGGAGGGCGGAGACAGGCAGAAGGCCAUGAAGAGGCUGAGGGUCCCUCCGCUCGGAGCUGCACAGCCUGCUCCUGCCUGGACCACCUUCAGAGUCGGCCUUUACUGCGGAGUCUUCCUCGUCUUAUUGGUCGUUGUGGUCAUCACAGUAGCUGUGGGGACAGAUCGUUCUGAUGUUUGGCCUAUGGUCCGAAUCUACAGAGGAGGCUUCCUGUUAAUAGAAUUCCUCUUCCUGUUAGGCAUCAACACUUACGGCUGGAGGCAAGCAGGCGUCAACCAUGUGCUCAUAUUUGAACUGAACCCCAGAAACAACCUGUCCCAUCAGCAUCUGUUUGAGAUUGCAGGUCUGCUGGGGGUGCUGUGGUGCGUAAGCCUGCUGUCCUGUCUCUUCAGCGACAAGAUCCUGGUGCCGAUGCAGGCCAACCCUCUGGCUCUCUAUGGGCUCUUCUUCCUUUUCCUCAUCAACCCCUUCAAGACCUGCUACUACAAGUCACGCUUCUGGCUGCUCAAACUUCUGUUUCGAGUGGUGACGGCUCCGUUUCACCGCGUUGGCUUUGCAGACUUCUGGCUGGCUGACCAGCUCAACUCUCUGGUGGUGGUGCUGAUGGACCUGGAGUACAUGAUCUGUUUCUACAGCUUUGAGCUGGACUGGACCAAACACAACGGGCUCAUCAGCAGAGGUAACGAUGUGUGCAACUCGUACUCGUAUGGCGUUCGGGCGGUGAUCAAGUGUCUUCCUGCGUGGUUCCGAUUCGUCCAGUGUCUGCGCCGUUACCGUGACACCAAGCGGGCCUUCCCUCAUCUGGUUAAUGCUGGCAAAUAUUCCACCACCUUCUUCGCUGUUACCUUCUCCGCCCUCUACAGCACACACAAAGACGCAGGCUCGGAGGCCCAGAUCUUCUUCUAUCUGUAUAUUGGCUGUUUGGCGCUGAGCUCGUGUUACACUCUGGUCUGGGAUCUGAAGAUGGACUGGGGACUGUUUGACCGCAACGCUGGAGAGAACACCUUCCUGAGAGAGGAGAUAGUCUAUCCACACAAGGCCUAUUACUACAGCGCCAUAGUAGAGGACGUGCUGUUACGCUUCGGAUGGAUCUUAACGGUCACCGUCACCACGCUCGUCACGUUUGACGGCAUCUCUGACAUCUUUGCUACAGUCCUGGCCCCGCUGGAGGUCUUUCGGCGCUUUGUGUGGAACUUCUUCCGCUUGGAGAACGAACAUCUGAACAACUGUGGUGAAUUCAGAGCCGUCAGAGACAUCAGCGUGGCUCCGCUCAACGCCGACGACCAGACCCUCCUGGAGCAGAUGAUGGACCAGGAGGAUGGCGUGAGAAACCGACAGGGCAAGAAGAGCUGGAAGAGGAGCUACAGUAUGAGCCUGCGCAGGCCACGCCUGGCCUCGCAGUCCAAGACUCGUGACACCAAGGUUCUGAUAGAGGACACGGAUGAUGACUCCUGACAUCAGGCCACGCCCCUCGCCUGGGUCCAGAAUUUAUUCAAAGGAGGAAACUCCACCUCCUAACUGAGGAUUUACCCAGAGAGUGGGCGUUGAGCUCCCAACCAGGGAUGAGUUUGAAGCUCGUACCUACGUCAUCUUGUUUUUCUCUGCUUGGGUUCAGGACUGCUCGGACGGAUGAACUCUGACCUCUUAAACAAACAACCCAGCUACGUGUCCAACCUGCUGUCAACACUCCCCGAUGGUGGGCUUAUCACUUAAACUCUACUUUACCCAGGCAGCCUCCCAGAGGUGGAUUCUUAAACUACACCCACUCCUCCACCGCUGCUCGGGCUCUUCUCGAAGCCUCAGCAUAGCACGAGUGAAACACCAGUGACAUUUUCCAUUUCCCAGUGCCGUCUCAGUGCCACACCACUCCCAUACAGGGAGAGGCCAACAGUUUAAGCCUGUUGCUGUCCUUUGGCCAUCAGCAUCCCCCGCUCCCAGCAUCCUGGAAACGACUGGGCAGAGGCCUGUAGUAGGUUAUGUAGUAGCUGCAGAAAUUAGGAACCACCCUGUACUUUGCCCCUCGGAAGGAAAGCAAAAACACCACAGGGGUUAAAACGAGUCCUCCUCAGCAGACGGUGCUGAUGGACAUCUGGUAACUGUGGCGUCCCCGUGCUGUUCAGCUUGAUCACUCAGUCAUCACAGAGCUGCCUACCUGCACCUUACAUGCUUUAGAAACAUGCACUUUGUAGGAGCGUGAGAUGGAGGCCCAUCAUGUCUCGACACACGGACGGUGAUUUUAGUGUUUCAUCGUUGGUGGACGUGCAACGCUCAGCCAUUAUUCACUAUAAGGAGACAGAAACGUGGCUUUUUCUUUGUACCUGUUGUUGUAAAUGUACCACGGACCAAAGUUCAGUGUGUGUGGAAAUAUUUAGUGAGUGCCACACAGGAAACACACUGUGUAGUGCUGCCGGCUGUUCAGCUGUGGAGAACGACCAUCAUCCUGUCGUAGUUCCCACUCACCCGCCCCGGGAAAUGGUUUGAAUGUACAUCACAUUAUUCGUAUAGGUGUAGAUCUGCCACCUCGUCGGGUUUGAACAAACUUGUGUUGUCCCCUGAAAUCGUGAUUUGAAAACCUGAAGACUGUUUGAGUAGAAACAGUUGGUUUGUGCAACAUGUCGUCUUUGGGCUGGUUCACUGAAAUAUGAGGGUGGAGACGAAGGCAGAGGUCACCUGUCUGUCAUCAGUGUCUGUCUGUCAGCAGGUGGUGUACUGAAACCUGCUUGGCUACGUGUAUGCUAACUUGACAGCAAGAAAUGCUGCUCUGAAACAAAGUGUGUGCAGCACGAAGCUGUGAGUCUUAAGAAGGAACAGUCUUAGUUGUUGCCUUUUUGACCUUCCUGCAGCAGGGGAGCGAUUCCUGGUUUGUGCGCCAUCAUCAACAGGUCGCACACAUCGGUCUGUUUUCACUGCUCGUUUCUGCCUGAUGAUGUUUCUUAGAGACGGGACAACACUGGAGGAAAGGCUUUCCUAAACGUUGCUCUUCACGUUCCAAAAGUCGUCAGCUCCCUUUUGCUUCGUGCUUGGAUGAGAUUGCGUCUGACGACAGCUUCGACAAAGUGUUGCUGUCUGUGCUUUCAUGAGGCGGCGGUUCGUUUUAUGUACUUAGUUUUAAUGUUGUGUGCAUGCAUUUGGAAGUCCUGGCGUGUGAUGGCCUAAGACUUGUGUGCACUUUUUUACUUUUCUCUGCGGAGCCUCGUUGUGAUGUUUCUGUUCUGCUGUAUUUGCCUCCGUACAGACUGCGGCUCUUUCAAUCCUCACAAUGCAUCCAAAUACAUGUUUGCGUCUUAAUGUUUUACAUUUGGGAAGUUCUGAUUUGGAUCCUCAGUUUAUUUCUCAGCUGAAAUAAGAAGCACGUUAGCGUUAGGCUAUCGUCGGAUAACAACAUUCCCAUAGUUUCUGUUUUUUCCUUAUUAUUGAGCUAAAAUAAAGACAAAUAGAUUCCAUAGUAUAUAAAAGUUUGUACGUCUGAUGCUAAUUAUCAUUUAUGAUCACCAUCACACGCUGUCUGAGAUUUGUCCACCACAUUAAACAUGAUUCCACUUCCAGUCACCAGAUUAAAAAACAGAGCGUGCUCCCUGAUUGGUCGGUGAGUGCUUCCUGUUAGCUGUCGUGUUGCUACGUGACUUCCCUGUGAUUGCCAGGGUUGCUCGCAGUUUGCCUGGAAUAUGCUGACUUAGCAGUUUUCUAAUUACCUCCGAGCUGUGGGAAGUGUGUCCCGUCUGGAAUUGGAGAACUUUUUCCUUCAAAGUAAAAGCUGCGCCUCAACACAUUUAAGGUGCAGCUAUUACUCUGAAGGUGAACGUUGUGUUUCCAGUCGCACUUUUCACAUUAUCAGUUCUGCAGGGGGCGUGGCCAACAGGUGUGUGCAGACACGUCAGCAUCUUCCAUGCAAACUGCAGACUAACAAGCACUACAUACCUGUGACCAGGUUCACCAACCAGCUGCUGGUGACCUGAUGGUCACCUGACCCGACCGUGCCGUGAGGCUGACGGGCUGUCACCACAUGGUCACUUUUUAUGAAAUGAAACAGUAAAAAUGAUCUGCAGAGACCAUGGCUGUGCUAGCUGUUAGCUUGUGACAGGAGGUGUAAUGCUUCAGCCCGACUGACUGAUUUUACUGCAUCACUUUUAAAAUGCCUCCGUGUAGCUGACAGUCCAGGAUUGGACCAGGAUAUGAUGCUUCUGUUUCCCAACUACAACAUGGAGCUCUGGCAGGUUUGAGUAUGUAACAGUGUUCAUACUGGCUCUAUAAAUGUGGAGUCAAACCGACCUGACGGUGCGUUUCCCUACAUCCUGUGUCUGCUUUCAGUUUCAGCGAGCGCUCCGGGAGCUCGUCUGCUCAUUCCUCACGCACACAUUCAUGCACUCUAACAUUCCCACAGCGACCCUUUGAAAACCUCGUUUCCUGAUACGUUUCCAAGCAUUUGCCGACUGUAGCUCGAGCUCAGGGUUCAUGUCCGUCACCGACACACUGAGCGUGACAGGGUCGUCCUCGGGUAACCAUCAGAGAGCAGCACAUGUUCGUCCGACACAGUCGCUCCACCCAAAGACGAGUCAGUCCCGUGUUCGUACUGUUACUUUGUAGCUCCUCAGGUUUCACAUUGACACACAGAUUAAAAUACAGUGAAGCCAUCGAUGCAUGAACAGUGUGUUUCACAUUGGCAGGAGAGUGGGAGACGCAAUGUGAUGAAGAUUUUGUACUCAGGAUAUUGUGAGCACACUUGCACCUUAACAUGCUAACUCACGAGCAGCUGCGGAGCCCCGACUGCGCGCAGCCCCCCAUCACCCCGCGUGCCCUUUCCGUCUGUUUGCCUCCUGUUGUGCAUCCAAGUCCAGGACCAAAUAACAUGUUGUGAUGCAGAAAGUCUAAGUUGGGCUUCUUUUCAUGUAUUUACAUUGAAUGCAUCAGUUGCUUCAUGAUUUCAGCUGCAGGCUGACUUGGCUGUAGCUUUAUUUUACACUCCGUUUUUAUAAGCCUGUGAGACUUUAAAAAUGUUUGAUGUUAUGACAGACAGGUGACGCCCUCCACCCUGAUGAAGCUGCCCGGCAGUAGAGUGUAGGCCUGGGCCACACUUCACUAUGAUGUUGGGAUUGUCAGAAGCGUGCCACCAAAAGCCAAAUCGAAUGUUUGAUCUAGUUUGUGAUUUUCCCCUUUUUUUGUUCACAUAUUUUAAUCCAUGUUGAAAUUUAAAUGUUAAUUUUGGUCAAAAUGUUUUGGAUGACAUUAUACAUUUGAUAUGUUUCACGGUUCAAAUAAAACGUUGUAUAGAGA